GCAUGUUCUAUUUUUCUUGUGGUGGGAGGGCAAUGAAUAAUUAUGUGUUUUGCUGAAUUUAUCUAGGAGGGAGAGAUCUCAUAUGGAGAAGGUAUUUUUUUCUCUUAUAAUUUCUUUCAGUCUUUCUGGCUUUCUAUAGCUUUUGCAGUGUGCAGUGCUGCUGUUUCUGUCUGUGUGCAUUCCUUGCCUUUCGAAGCAAACUUUAGGGAAAAGACAAUGCUUUAAUGUGAAUGAGGAAAAAUGAGAGAUGAAAGUCAGUUGCAUUUAAGCUUAUCCUGCAGUCUUCCUUCCCUUCCCUCCCUCUAUCCUCGUUGUUUUUCUGGUUUGCUGUGUCACUGGGAUGGUGGGUGGCACUUUGUUUUAGGUAGUACAGAGGAACUCCCCAGACUCCCUAAAUCUCAUCUCAGGAACUGAGUGCAGGGAAGUGUCUUACCAGAUGUGCUUGCUCCCCCAGGUGUCCAGAAGUGACCCUCGAAGUCUUGGAUUUGUUUUUAUUUGAGGCUGGUUUUGUGAUGGAGACAGUGUUGAAGUCUCCCUGUGAUGAACAGCACCCUCAGCAGGCUGAAGCCUUCCACGGGAAUCCUGAGCAGAACAGCAAGCUUUCAGCAGGAGUAAAAAAAGAUAUUGAAAAACUUUAUGAAGCAGUGCCACAGCUUGUAAAUGUAUUCAAAAUAAAGGAAAAAAUCGGGGAAGGUACUUUUAGUUCUGUUUACUUGGCCACAGCACAGUUACAAACAGGAUAUGAGGAGAAAAUGGCCCUGAAGCACUUGAUUCCAACCAGCCACCCUCUGCGAAUAGCUGCUGAACUUCAGUGCCUCACAGUGGCAGGGGGACAAGAUAAUGUUAUGGGAGUUAAAUACUGCUUUAGGAAAAACGAUCACGUUGUUAUUGUUAUGCCAUAUCUGGAGCAUGAGUCCUUCUUGGACAUUUUGAAUUCCCUUUCCUUUGAAGAAGUGAGGGAGUACAUGUUCAAUCUGUUUAAAGCGUUGAGGCGCAUUCAUCACUUCGGUAUUGUUCACCGCGACGUCAAGCCCAGCAACUUCCUCUACAACAGGCAGCUAAAAAAGUAUGCCUUGGUAGAUUUUGGCUUGGCACAAGGAACCCCUGAUACGAAAAUUGAGCUUCUUAAAACUGCCCACUCUGAAGACCAGCAGGAGGACUCUGUGCACCAUUCUGUCCAGCGCUCUGUCUUCGGAGAGAGGAAUUUCAAUGUCUACAUCUCUACAUACCAGGAGAACUCAAGCACAAAACUCAUAAAACAAUCAAAGAUGAUAGAUGUUUCAUCUAGGAAGUUAGUAACAAAGAAGAAGAUUAUUUCUACCAAAACUGUGAACAAUGGGGCAGCCAGGAAAGCUGCCAGUGGCUCCCCUUUAAACCUGCUCUGUGACUGUUAUGCAACGGACAGAGUUUGCAGUGUUUGCCUUUCAAGGCGUCAGCAAGUGGCUCCCAGGGCAGGAACACCUGGAUUCAGAGCACCAGAAGUAUUAACAAAGUGCCCCACUCAGACCACAGCAAUAGACAUGUGGUCUGCAGGAAUCAUAUUCCUCUCUCUACUCAGUGGACGGUAUCCUUUUUUCAAAGCAAGUGAUGAUUUAACUGCUUUGGCACAAAUCAUGACAGUUCGUGGAUCCAGAGAAACUAUUCAGGCUGCUAGAACUUUUGGAAAAUCAGUUGUGUGCACCCAAGUUGUCCCAACUCAAAACCUACGAACCCUCUGUGAAAAACUGAGAGGAACAAAUAGCAGCUGUAAGAGAUCUCAGGGGGAAGGGCCCAGCAGGUCUGAAAACAACACAGCUUUGUCAGUUGCAGCAAACAAAUCCUGUGCUCCUGAGACACUUGGAAAACAAAUUCAACACUUACAGAGUUUUCAGGAAGGCGAUGGUGCUUUGGAAACAAAGACAACUGACAUGAAAGGAUGGGAUCAGGUUCCUGAUGAAGCGUAUGAUCUACUUGAUAAGCUACUAGACUUAAACCCUGCAACAAGAAUAACUGCAAAAGAGGCUUUACUGCAUCCUUUUUUUAAAGACAUAAGGCUCUGAGAAGAUAACUUACUUUGUUGUUCCUUUCAUAUGUUUUGUGUGGAAAUGAAAUACUGAGGCAGUUUUACCUUGUUGCCCUCAGCAUUUACACUCAUUGAAAUAAUGUCACACUGUGCUCUGAACUACUGAAAUUUUGUCUUGUACAGUUAGACUGUAAAUGUCAGUUUAAGGAAUACUUGCAGAUGCAAAAGUUACAUAAACAUCACUAACAUGGUCUUAUCCUAAGACACUUCUGAGAGGUUAUUGCUGUGCAUACCCGUUCUCUAAGAAAGUUAACUUUGAUCAAAAACAACAAAGAAAAAAAGAGUUUCAUAAGCUCUAUGCUUAAUUCUCGAGAUAUUCCCUUAAAAUUUACAAGUUUGCCUUAAGGUAAGACUGAAAUAAGAAAGUGUUUGAGACUUUUUUCUGUACUUGCAUAUCUCUGCUUUGUUCCUGUUUGGUACAUGGGGGACUGAAAAUGGAACAAAGAGUAUUCAUUUUGUUCAGACUAGUUUCAGAGAACAGUAUUUUCAGAGAACAGUAUUACUUUGGGAGUGUUGCUAGAGGAAAGGCCAGGUGCUGGAGAUUAUAUCAUCAAAAGAAAAGCAUAAGUUUUAAAAGUACAUUUUUAUCCCUGUCUGGUCUUUGCUACUUAGGAAAUAGUAAUAAAUGCCGUUACUCAUUUUGCAUGUUUCCUCAGUGCCAUGGGUAACUGUCAAUGUUCCACAGCUGCUGCCUUCAAGGAUGUGACUGCCAGGCAUAGGUUUGAUUUCUGUUAUGGAAACUGAUUUUUAAAAAAUACCUGUUCAAUAAAUGAUUUGGUUUUAUAACUUCAAAA